CGGCGGCGGCCCGCUGUAUAUAUCUCCGCGCACCCCGCCAGGUCGCGCACAGCUCCCCGAGCCCAGGCGCCUCCCCGCCCCCUCCCCGCGCUCCGCGGCGGCGGCGGCGACAGCAGUAGCAGCAAUAUGGCUGUUGAUGGGUGUUCGGGGUGGCGCUGGCGGCGGGAGGAGCUCCCCCGAGCCCCUGCGCCGGCUGCCCGUUGCUAGCUAUGGCAAAUGGUGGCGGCGGCGGCGGCAGCAGCGGCGGCGGCGGCGGCGGCGGAGGCAGCACUCUUAGAAUGAGUAGCAAUAUCCACGCGAACCUUCUCAGCCUAGACGCGUCCUCCUCCUCCUCUUCCUCCUCCUCUUCUUCUUCCUCCUCCUCCUCUUCCUCCUCGUCCUCGGUCCACGAGCCCAAGAUGGAUGCGCUCAUCAUCCCGGUGACCAUGGAGGUGCCGUGCGACAGCCGGGGCCAGCGCAUGUGGUGGGCUUUCCUGGCCUCCUCCAUGGUGACUUUCUUCGGGGGCCUCUUCAUCAUCUUGCUCUGGCGGACGCUCAAGUACCUGUGGACCGUUUGCUGCCACUGCGGGGGCAAGACGAAGGAGGCCCAGAAGAUUAACAAUGGCUCAAGCCAGGCGGAUGGCACUCUCAAGCCAGUGGACGAAAAAGAGGAGGCGGUGGCAGCCGAGGUCGGCUGGAUGACCUCCGUGAAAGACUGGGCGGGGGUGAUGAUAUCUGCCCAGACGCUGACCGGCAGAGUCCUGGUGGUCUUAGUCUUUGCUCUCAGCAUUGGUGCACUUGUAAUAUACUUCAUAGAUUCGUCAAACCCAAUAGAAUCCUGCCAGAAUUUCUACAAAGAUUUCACAUUACAGAUCGACAUGGCCUUCAACGUGUUCUUCCUUCUCUACUUUGGCUUGCGGUUUAUUGCAGCCAAUGAUAAGCUGUGGUUCUGGUUGGAAGUGAACUCCGUAGUAGAUUUCUUCACGGUCCCCCCCGUGUUUGUGUCCGUGUACUUAAACAGAAGUUGGCUUGGUUUGAGAUUUUUAAGAGCUCUCAGGCUGAUCCAGUUUUCAGAAAUUUUGCAGUUUCUGAAUAUCCUGAAAACAAGUAAUUCCAUCAAGCUGGUGAAUCUGCUCUCCAUAUUUAUCAGCACAUGGCUAACAGCAGCCGGCUUCAUCCAUUUGGUGGAGAAUUCAGGGGACCCAUGGGAAAAUUUCCAAAACAACCAGGCUCUUACCUACUGGGAAUGUGUCUAUUUGCUCAUGGUGACCAUGUCCACUGUUGGUUACGGGGAUGUUUAUGCAAAAACCACGCUCGGGCGUCUCUUCAUGGUCUUCUUCAUCCUCGGGGGACUGGCAAUGUUUGCCCGCUACGUGCCCGAAAUUGCUGCUCUCAUCCUGAAUCGGAAUAAAUUCGGCGGGACUUUUAACAAACAUGGAGGCAGAAAGCACAUUGUGGUCUGUGGACACAUCACGCUGGAGAGCGUUUCCAACUUCCUGAAGGACUUUCUGCACAAGGACCGGGAUGAUGUCAAUGUGGAGAUUGUCUUUCUUCACAACAUUUCCCCUAACCUGGAGCUUGAAGCUCUCUUCAAACGACAUUUUACUCAGGUGGAGUUUUAUCAGGGUUCAGUCCUCAAUCCACACGAUCUUGCGAGAGUCAAGAUAGAGUCAGCAGAUGCGUGCCUAAUCCUUGCCAAUAAGUACUGCGCAGACCCCGAUGCUGAAGAUGCCUCCAACAUCAUGAGAGUCAUCUCCAUAAAGAACUACCACCCGAAGAUAAGAAUAAUCACUCAGAUGCUGCAGUACCAUAACAAGGCCCAUCUGCUAAACAUCCCAAGCUGGAAUUGGAAAGAGGGGGAUGAUGCAAUCUGCCUCGCAGAGCUGAAGCUGGGGUUCAUCGCCCAGAGCUGCCUGGCUCAAGGCCUCUCCACCAUGCUUGCCAACCUCUUCUCCAUGAGGUCAUUCAUAAAGAUUGAGGAAGACACAUGGCAGAAAUACUACUUGGAAGGAGUCUCAAAUGAAAUGUACACAGAAUAUCUCUCCAGUGCCUUCGUGGGUCUGUCCUUCCCUACUGUUUGUGAGCUGUGUUUUGUGAAGCUCAAGCUUCUAAUGAUAGCCAUUGAGUACAAGUCCGCCAACCGAGAGAGCCGUAUAUUAAUUAAUCCUGGAAACCACCUUAAGAUCCAAGAAGGUACUUUAGGAUUUUUCAUCGCAAGCGAUGCCAAAGAAGUUAAAAGGGCAUUUUUUUACUGCAAGGCCUGUCAUGAUGACAUCACGGAUCCCAAAAGAAUAAAAAAAUGCGGCUGCAAACGGCUUGAAGAUGAGCAGCCGUCAACACUGUCACCAAAAAAAAAGCAGCGCAACGGAGGCAUGCGGAACUCACCCAGCUCCUCGCCUAAGCUGAUGAGGCAUGACCCCUUGUUAAUUCCCGGCAAUGAUCAGAUUGACAACAUGGACUCCAACGUGAAGAAGUACGACUCUACUGGGAUGUUUCACUGGUGUGCACCCAAGGAGAUAGAGAAAGUCAUCCUGACUCGAAGUGAAGCCGCCAUGACCGUCCUGAGUGGCCACGUGGUGGUCUGCAUCUUUGGCGAUGUCAGUUCAGCCUUGAUUGGCCUCCGGAACCUGGUGAUGCCACUCCGUGCCAGCAACUUUCACUACCACGAGCUCAAGCACAUCGUGUUUGUGGGUUCCAUUGAGUACCUCAAGCGGGAAUGGGAGACUCUUCAUAACUUCCCCAAAGUGUCCAUAUUGCCUGGUACGCCGUUAAGUCGGGCUGAUUUAAGGGCCGUCAACAUCAACCUCUGUGACAUGUGCGUUAUCCUGUCAGCCAAUCAGAACAAUAUUGAUGAUACUUCGCUGCAGGACAAGGAGUGCAUCUUGGCGUCACUCAACAUCAAAUCUAUGCAGUUUGAUGACAGCAUCGGGGUCUUGCAGGCUAAUUCCCAAGGGUUCACACCUCCAGGAAUGGACAGAUCCUCUCCGGAUAACAGCCCGGUACAUGGCAUGUUACGCCAGCCCUCCAUCACAACUGGGGUCAACAUCCCCAUCAUCACUGAACUAGUGAACGAUACUAAUGUUCAGUUUUUGGACCAAGACGAUGACGAUGACCCCGACACAGAGCUGUACCUCACGCAGCCGUUUGCAUGUGGGACAGCGUUUGCCGUCAGCGUCCUGGAUUCACUCAUGAGCGCGACAUACUUCAAUGACAACAUCCUCACCCUGAUACGGACCCUGGUGACCGGAGGAGCCACACCGGAGCUGGAGGCUCUGAUUGCUGAGGAGAAUGCGCUGCGUGGGGGCUACAGCACCCCCCAGACGCUGGCCAAUAGGGACCGCUGCCGCGUGGCCCAGUUAGCACUGCUGGACGGGCCCUUUGCGGACCUGGGGGAUGGUGGUUGUUAUGGUGAUCUGUUCUGCAAAGCUCUGAAAACGUAUAAUAUGCUUUGUUUUGGAAUUUAUCGGCUGAGAGAUGCUCACCUCAGCACCCCCAGCCAGUGCACGAAGAGGUAUGUCAUCACCAACCCCCCGUACGAGUUUGAGCUCGUGCCGACGGACCUGAUCUUCUGCUUAAUGCAGUUUGACCACAACGCCGGCCAGUCCCGGGCCAGCCUCUCCCAUUCCUCCCACUCGUCCCAGUCCUCCAGCAAGAAGAGCUCCUCCGUUCACUCCAUCCCAUCCACAGCAAACCGACAGAACCGGCCCAAGUCCCGGGAGUCCCGAGACAAACAGAAGUACGUGCAGGAAGAGCGGCUCUGAUAUGUGUAUCCACUGCCUCCGUGUGUGAAACUGUAUCUGCCACUCAUUUUCCCAGUGGGUGUUUCCAACAGUAACUUUCCCCGUUUUCCCCUGUAGUCCCCCCCUUUUCUUUACACAUAUUUGCAUAUGUAUGAUAGUGUGCAUGUGGUUGUCAUUUUUAUUCCACCACCAUAAAACCCUUGAGCACAACAGCAAAUAAGCAGACGGACCAAAAGUUAUUUAUGAUUCUAGGGGAAAAAUAACCCUAAGGCAUGCUCCAGACAUAAAUAGCUCACUGCAGGAAUGAGUUCACAGAUAAGAAGGGAGCGCCUGUGAUCCACAUCAGUUAUGCAAAGCAAGUUUAGUUAAUGUCGAAGAAAAGUUUAUUCUGAUGUAUAAGGAUUAUCAGGGUGCUUUGGGGUUUCUUUUUGUUGUUGUUGUUUUUCUUUCUUUCUCUUUUUUUUUUUUUUAUAUAUACACACAAUAAUAUAUACACACGUUUAUUGGAAACAAGCAACCAAAACAUAUUGGUUUUUUCCACUCUCUGGGCCGAAAUAUCGCGAAGCAUUUGAAAGGCUUUUGCCAUUUGUGUAGAUGAUGAUGAAGCACCUGCUUGUUAGAACAUUGGAGAUUUUUUUAGUUACUCACCAAGGCCUUUUGUCCCAGAGCUAGCUUCCUUUGGGAGUUCAUAUGAACAUUUCUUCCCUUACUGUGGAGGAAAGAAUAGUUCCCUUCGUGGAAGUAUCAAAUGCUAGUCAUUUAAUUUAAGUGAAAAGAGGAUUGAUUGCAUAUUAAAUUGUUAUUCUGUCUCCUUAUGCUGCCAUAUGAAUAGCUGUUUUUUCCUCUCACUUUUGACAUUUGGGAUGAAAAGCCAUAUGUAUCAUAAAUAUCAGAUGUAAGUCAUUAAAAACUGCCUUCCUGGGACUUUUACAUCUUUUAAAAGGUGAAUUACUUACCUUAUGUACAGAAUAAAUAAUGCUCAGGAAAGAGCAAGUAUUUUUCCACGCAUUCUCAGGGGACCUUUUUACCCCCCUUUGUUUGAUUAGUUAGGGCCCCAAUGCCAGGGAGGAGCAAGGGCUGGGGCCGCGGUAGAGAGAGGAAGAUAAACCCAGCGGCAGAUCAUGUUUUUCUAGGAGCCGACACGCUAAAUAAAUCAGAAUGUAGGAGGAUCAAGCCACAGUUGACUCAACAAAGACAAAAGCCAGCUACUACCUUCAGCUGUUGGCACAGCUGCAUGAUGCUGGCUGUCCCAAAGCAGAAAGCUGGUGGGAAAAAUUCCUCAUCGUCAAUUUCUUUAACACAGCCAAUCCACUUAGGCAGGUGAAUGACAGUAAUAGAGAAUGACCCCCUUGUCAUUACCAGAUGGGAGAGAAGAAAAAGAGUGCAACAGUGAGCCAAACACAUUUUGGUAUAAUUAUUUUUUCUUUCAUUUUCUUUCUUCCUUUUUUUAAAGUUAGUAAGCAUGAGGGAAAAGGUAGAAAAAUAACCCUUUUCUCCAGAUACAGUUAUCAGAUAUCAAAGCAAAUCAUGCUUUAGGCAGUACAGUAGUUCUUAAAAAUCGGCCAACUCCACCAUGACCAAAUUCUUGUAUGGAUGGACUAGCCCUGGGCUGCUAUAUACGUAUUUGAAAUGUUUGCUUGAAAACAAAUUCCAUCAAACAGCAUAGGGUGGAGGGGAGGAGAAAAAUGUCACAGCUGUAACCAUCUCUAAAAAGGUGUUUUUAUGGUGAAUGUUUUGGCUUUAGAUUUUGGAUCCCCUGUUCCCCCCAAGCAUGAUAGUUUUGGAGAUUUGCUUGCUGUGUGAAUUGACAAGCACUUUUACUGACAAAAUGGUGAGGCUCAGUCAGAACGUCCGUCCCCACACCCCAGACAGAGCAGUGCGGUGUUGCAAUCAGUAUUGGGGUGGGGAAUCAUUGUAUACAUGUAUAUUAAAAAGCCCUAUGAGUGGAAGACUUUUUUCAAAUUAUUUUUGUCCCUAUAUAUAUUGAUUUAUAUAUUACGUAUAACUAUCUUUUUAUAUAUAACUAUAUAUAUACACAUAUAUACAGAUAUAUGUGUGUGUGUAUAUAUAUAUAUAAACAAACACACACACACACACACACACGCACACACACACAUCCCCUAGUUUUGGAUCAUGAAGAGCUCUUCGUGCGUUCUUUGCAAAGGAGGU